GAUGAAGAGGCCCGUGUGAUGGUUGGUUUGCUCGUGGAAAGGAGAAGGGAAAUGAACAAACAAAUUAAUUAAGCUGCUGCGGCUGGGUCCAGUUGGGCAUGGGCAGUAGGCAUGGCAGGGAUUUUGCGUUGUUACUUUCAUCGCGUCGUUUCGCAUGUUAUGCAGUGGAAAGGAUCAAUCUGAUCUGUUUUUGUUUCGUGUUGGUUAGAGACGUCAGUUGGAUCUUUCCAACAUCUAUCACAGGGCGACGUGACUAUAUAAUCCGCCACAUCGACAUCGACAUCAUUGACUCCUGCUCAUCCGACAGGAACUCACGAUGUCGGAAAAGUCUUCCCUUGUCUCCCUGCACCAGGAGGUCGACCAGGGUACCCUGUGCAGAAUCAAAGCCCGACUCGCGCAUAUCAUGCAGCUCUGGUCCGCCGGGAAGCCGUUCUUCCCUCGCGCGCUGCUCGAGGACUUGAAUCGGCAGAUCGACGCGGGUCAGGAUGAAGUGUACAUCACUGAUCUGGAUGACGUGCGGCAGAAGUACAGUCUGACUGUGCCGAAGUGGUGUGCGGAUUUCGCCAACACCUACCGCAUCAACUACUCCAGCAUCCAGCACCUGGGCCACCUCACCCCCAUCUACCCCGAACUGGCCCUGCGCAACGACCACACCCCCGUGUCGAUCGUGUACGCCCGCUCCAUGCCCUCGCCGGGCCAGUGCACGCUCGAGCAAGUACAGGCGCGAUUCACACACACCCGCACCCUGUGGCUGGGGAGCUCGACGCGCCGCGAUCUCGAGCGCAUCGUGUCCACCCUGCCGCUCAGCGCGCCGAUCACGAAGAUCGUCUGCUUCGCGCUGGGGUCACUUGCGCCGCUCGACGACUCAGACAGCGAGGGCUCGAUCUCAACCUCCCUGUCGAACUCCAUCCUCGACACGUCCUCGACAUCGACUCUAAACGCAAGCCCCGUCCGCUGCACCUUCACGCGGCACGUCACGCGCGCGCACGCCCAGCACGCCGCCGUAGAAACGAUGCUGACUGCGCUGCGGAGCCGAGGGAUGCUCGCCCCUGGGGCUCAAUGCAUCGCGCAGGACCCGGCGUACGACGCCGUGGACUGUGCGUUUCUAUCCAGCAUCGGGAUCAGGGUGGUGGAUGACCCGAAGGGGUUUUUGGAGGUGGAUGCAACCACGCUGGUGCUGUCUGUGAGUCCGAAUGUGCCGGUGAAGCAGAUCCUGGCGGACGUGCAGUGGCCGGCGGCGAUGGUGUGGAAUACCGUGGCGCUGGUGGAGAAGGAGAGCGAGGGGUGGGUGAAGAAUGUGGAGGAGAAUGGGGAGGUGCAGUGGUCGAGUCCGUUUACGACGGAUCCGGACUGUGCGAGGGUUAGGGAUAUGAUCAAGGGGUAUGCGAGGGCGACGUUGGAUGAUGGGAAUGAUUUCUUUGGGGAUAUCACUGUUUACAUGAAAUGAAGGGGUUGACUAUUGUAUCUUAGAUUUCCACUGCAGAGUUAUGAUGUGACCCAAGGAGGUCAACAUGAAUGUGACAUUUUCU